GAACCCAACCCUUUGGAUUCAUAAAAGCAAUCCAUCAAAAUGAGUUAUAUAAGCUAAGAUAACGAAAAAUAGGGUUUUGAAAUCUUUCCCAGGUUUACCAGCAGUCUGCUCUCUUUCUCCUUUGUAGCUAACCAGCAGAGAGCUUCAACCAUGGCCGUCGGGAAGAACAAGAGGAUUUCCAAGGGAAAGAAGGGAGGAAAGAAGAAGGCAGCUGAUCCAUUUGCUAAGAAAGAUUGGUAUGAUAUCAAGGCUCCAUCAGUUUUUACUUCCAGAAAUGUGGGGAAGACUCUCGUUACCCGUACUCAGGGUACCAAGAUUGCUUCAGAAGGACUCAAACACCGUGUGUUUGAGGUUUCACUGGCUGAUCUUCAAGGCGGUGAUGAGGAUCAUGCUUACAGAAAGAUUCGUUUGAGAGCUGAAGAUGUUCAAGGAAAGAAUGUUUUGACCAACUUCUGGGGAAUGAAUUUUACAACUGACAAACUGAGGUCAUUGGUUCGGAAAUGGCAAACAUUAAUAGAAGCUCACGUGGAUGUGAAGACAACUGAUAAUUACACUCUGAGAAUGUUCUGCAUUGGUUUCACCAAGAGGCGCCCAAACCAGGUUAAGAGGACAUGUUAUGCACAAUCCAGCCAGAUUAGACAGAUACGCCGAAAGAUGAGGGAGAUAAUGACUGCUCAGGCUACAUCGUGCGAUUUGAAGGAAUUGGUUCAAAAGUUCAUCCCGGAGAUGAUUGGAAAAGAAAUCGAGAAGGCAACAUCUAGCAUCUAUCCAUUGCAGAAUGUGUUCAUCCGCAAAGUCAAAAUUUUGAAGGCUCCAAAGUUUGAUCUUGGGAAGUUAAUGGAGGUUCAUGGUGAUUACUCUGAAGAUGUUGGUGUGAAAAUAGAGAGGCCUGCGGAUGAAACCAUGGCUGAACCUACCCCUGAGGUUAUUGGAGCUUAAAUCAAGAUUUCUUGAAUUUUAUCCUUGUUUCUUCGUACUAAAAAUUUCUGUCGGUCAUUUUCAUUUUGUUGGAAGCUUGAGUUGAACUUGUUCUUGGUUACCCUUUUUCUUAUUUAAUCAAAUUUUAAAUUAUUUUGUUAA